AUGGUCUAUGCGACAAGGCUAAUUUGGGCACUAUGGGAAGAGGUCUCUGUGGAAUUGGUGCUGCUACUGUGCUUUUGCAUCGGUUUCUUUCUCCUUCGAAUUCAUCAGCAGAAGAAGGUCUUCUCAGGAGGGAUGAAGGGCACCAGAAGAAUGCAGCCAGACUUGGCGGAGGGAUCCAGGUGUUGCUUGAAAAGAAAGCAACUGGAGCGAGUGCAGCAACUGCUCUCAAAGGGCAAAGGGGACGAAGCCUUGGAACUCUUGCGGGCUGGUGUGCCGAGCUCCUUUGCUCUGCCUGGCUCUUGCCUGGUGGCACUUUUCGAUGUUCUUCUGGCAGUUGAAGAAGUGGAUGGAGCGGACGGUCGACUAGACGUAGCUGGACAGCUCUUGCAGCUCCCAGCAGGCGCAUUGGACGGACGCAGCAUCCUGGCACUUGCACACCAUGCAGCAGCCUUGGGCAACCCUAACGCAGUCUGCCAGGUGCACAGGGUGGCCGUGGCCAGAUCAAUGCCUCCCAGUGUUUGUGAAGCGCUGUUGAAAGCUUACGCGACCUGUGGGGUGACUACAGCUCCGGAGGCGUUUGAGUCUUUGCUGCUGACCUGGACCCCAUCACAUUCUACUUUGCAUUCUGCAAUUGCGCUUUGUACACCGCAAUCCAUUCGCCUUGCCGAAUGCUUGGCCAGCUAUGCUCGACAAAGGCACGGUGUUACCCUGCCCAUCUCAGCUGCCCUUCUCAAAGUCUACAGCCAAGCAAAGCUUUGGGACAGAGCAUGUAGCAUCUACGAGGAGCUCAACAACGCAGGUGUUUUGCCUGAUACGGCCACGUACGGAGCCCUCAUCAAGGCUGCUGUGGAGGCCGGACGGCACCCGCUGGCACAACAUUUAUUCCAGGAGUCAAAGAAUCCUGAUGCCAUGAAUGUCAUGUCGAUGAUCCGUGCUGCGGGACGUGCCAAAGAAGUAUCCAAAGCUUUGGAGAUGCUGAGCCAGCUGCAGCAAACAACGACACUGGAUGCCACGAUCUACAAUUGUGCACUUGAGGCCUGUGUAACGGGUGGCGACCGUUCAAGUGCAGAGAAACUCUUAAAGCAAAUGUCGGAUUUGGGCUGCGUGGAUGUUAUCUCCUACAAUACGUAUAUCAAGUUGUUGCUGCAGGCACAUUUGCAUGACGAAGUGCAACUCAUUUUGCAGGAGAUGCGUGGACACAGAAUGGCUCCAAAUGUUGUGACUUACAACUCCAUCAUCAAGGAAGCUGCUUCAAGGGACAUGGAGGCCGCUUGGGAACUUGUUGAGGAGAUGCAACGCCAGGGUCUUUGCCCAGAUGCUUACACAGCCUCUAUCUUGGGAGCAGGUCUUCGACAGAAGCCAAGUCAAGCAGGUCUGGAUCGAGUAUUGGCGCUCACGCGGCAGCUGGACCCAGACGAUGUAUUGGUGAAUUGUUUGCUUGAUGUUUGCAUCAGACUCAAGGACAAGAAGAGGCUACGGGAAGUAUUAGCUUGGCGGAGCAAAAGUACAGCUCCCCUUACGCACGCAUCUACAAUGUUGAUGCGUGCUCACGGCCAUGCCCAACAGAUGGAUGAAGCUUGGGCCAUUUGGCGCGACCUGUUGCGGAACAAGCGGGCGCUGACUGAGGACGUAUUUAUGAGUAUGGUUGACGCUUGCCUGGCGGGCUCUGACUUGAAAGCGCUCCUGCAAGUGUUCCAGGAGGUGAAAUCUUGGCUUCCAGGCUUUCCAAGAGCCACUGUGGCCUUCUCUUUGGCUGUAAAGAUGGCGAUGCAGCUUCAAGAUUUGGAGUUGGCGUUGAGGCUCUAUGAAGAGACCUGCAACGUUAUCAAAUUGAGCGUCGUGACCUAUAACACCCUGAUCGAGGCUCUCGUUCGCAGUGGAGCAUUGAAUCGCGCGAUGAAUCUCUUGCAUGAUAUGGCGCAACAUGAUGUGGGACCAGACUUGAUCACCUUUUCCAUACUGAUCAAAGGAUUCGCUGGUGCUGGAGAUUUGGAGACUGCGAUUCAACUGCUGGGCCAGAUGCAGGGCAUGGAGAUUCAGCCAGACUCCAUUCUCUUCAACACUAUCCUGAAUGGGUGUGUGAAACGCCAAAUGCGGGCAUUGGCGGAGCAGGUUUUGGGCGACAUGGUGAGAGCUGGCGUAGCUCCUUCAAACUAUACCUUGUCGAUUCUCAUCAAGUUGUAUGGUCGUUGUGGUGAUCUGGAAGCAGCCUUUGCAAUGGUGGAGAGCUAUCCCAAACAAUUUUGUUUCUGCUUGAAUGCGCAGGUCUACACCUGCCUCAUGUCCACCUGUAUUUGGAGUGGCGAUCUUCCCAAAGCUUUCCUAGUUUAUGAACAGAUGCUGCAAGACGGUUGCGUGGCAGACGGAAAGACCUAUGAUACCUUGUUGUUUGGAUGUGUGAAGCAUGGCGAUCCAGUAAGAGCAUCCCAAGUGGUGGUGGAUGCCUUUGACGCCAAGUGGUCUUUGAAUCCAAAGACACUGGAAGCAGCAGUGCAACUGGCGUACAGCCGUGGCGAGUUGGAGGCCGUUGAACGAAUGACCCAACGUACCCAGCCGAGCCAAAGCUGCCGGCGGCGUGGAGUGAAGAAGUGA